AAAUUAAUUUAAUUAUGGGCUCAAUCUAAUCAAAAAAAUAAAAUCAAAUAAUAGUUUUUGGUGGUGUUGGAUUAGCCACAAUUGUUGGCAUUUUAUAUUUGAUGUAUAUUUUUAAGAUUUACUUAGAAAAUCUAAACACCCUGAAGGAACAGAAUAACCAAAAAUUAAUCAAAUAAAAUAAAAUGUUCCGUAAAUCAAUUCAAUCAAUUAAUCCCCAUAAGUAAUUAAAACUGAAGGCUAUGAUCAAUAAUUCUAACAAGUUGUUAGAUCAAUAUAAGUUGAAAGAUAAGGAUAAUUGAUUUCUAUUACAACUAUUACAUAAAUAUUAGAGAAAUCAUUAGAUUUAGCAAAAGAGGAAUUCAGCUAAAUAACUUUGGAUAAUAGAAAAAGUAUUAAAAUAACUAUUACAUCUUCUAGAAAGAAGAGAAAUCAGAAAAUCUAAUAAAGCCUAAUAUAGAUAAAUGGUGUUAGAUUAUAAUGAAUAAGUGGAAAAUUUAUUAGAGAAAAAGUAAAUGGAAAUUUGUGAAUUUUUAAAUAUUUCAGAAGAUGUAUUUCAAGAAAGUGUGAUGUCCUUAAUGGAAAGAGGAUUCUAUUAAUAAUUUUUCAUGAUUUAAGCCUCCAUUAGAUAAAAAAUCAAAGAUUCACUUCCACCCACUAAAAAUAUUAAUGAAGAUUAAUUGAAAAAAAUAAUUCAAUUCUAGGUAGAAUAAUUAAAAAAAUAACCCUAAGAAUUAAAAGAUAUUAUUGCAAAUUUAUCUGUAAUUAUUUUGUUAAUUAUUAUACAGGAAAAUCAAGAAACUUAAUAAUUGAUACCAUUAGCAAUUAAUACUAUAUUAGGUGAUUAUGUAUAUGAGAAAUUUGAAAUUGAAGAAGAGGACAUGAUCAAAAUGUUAUAAAAUCAAGGUACUAUUAUUUUUAUUCUCUAGCCUAUUUUUCUGAUCCUUCCAUGUAAAAGGCUAUGAUGGAAUUGGAAUAAGCUAUGUAUCAAUUAAUGGCAUCAAUUGGAGGAGAACAUAUGUGAAAACAUAAAACACGUUAAAAUAUAUUAAAAUAUAG